AUGAUUUCUUGGUUGGUAGCUUCUCAGGCUGAGCGUUGUGUAUCUGGUAUUCCAUCUUUUGAGUCCACAAAGGUUGUCCAGUUCAUGAUAUUGGGUCCUCCAACUUUCACUGGUGUUAAUAUGGAGGAGGAUCCUCAAAGUUUUUUAGAGGGGAUGGAAACGAUCUUUAGGGUGAUGCAUGCCAUGAAUGUGGAAAGGGUGGAUUUUGCUGCUUACCAGCUGAAGGAUGUGGUGUAUGCUCUAGAAAUGGUGUUCGAUAUGAGGGCCAGGAUGAGAAAGUUCACUUCAGAACUGUCUCAUGUGUUGAUCCCUUAUAGUAAGACUGCAUUACUUAUUAAGGGUUUUUGUGAUGAGAAGUGGGACAUGUGUUUUAAAUGUGGUCAGCCAGGCCAUACACUUAGAAAUUGUCCGAUUGGUAAGGUUGGUUCGGGAGCGAACAAGAUUUUGGUUUCCUCUUCAUCUACUCCUGCACCAAAGGGUGUUGCUUCUACAUCUAUUUCUGCUUUUAGUAUCGACACAGGCUGGAAUCAGUUAUAUGCUCUUGUGUCAUGA